AAAGUUUUAAUUGGUGACCUUCAACUAUAGCAAACACUUGGAUCAUCGCGAGAUUUUGUCGACGAGUUUGCGCCGGUCCAGUUGAAGAGGAAAAGUGGGGAUCGCAUUGGACAUUGGUGUCAGAGAGAUGAGAGUCACCGGUGAUGUGCGUGUGCGGAGGCCUCGCGGAGGACAACGCAAGGUUCAUCCUCCUCGCUAUCGUCCUGGCAGCUUACAUGCUCGCAGGCGCGACUCUUUUCCAAAUACUAGAGGGUGACCUUGAAAUACGACAGGCUGCAGAAUUUUGGCGGGUAUAUCAUGCUUUUCGAAAGCAUCACCUACGUGGUAGUCCACUAGCGCUUCAGAGAUUACACGAACUUCUUUACGCCUACGGAAACGCAUCAUCUGCCGGUAUCAUUAACAAAAGACGGCGUUGGGAUUUUCCAGGCAGUUUUCACUUCGUAGGCACCAUCGUUUCCACAAUUGGAUACGGAAGUACUGCUCCACAAACUACGGCAGGACGAGCAGCUGUUGUUUUUUAUGGAUUCUUCGGUUGUUCUGGUGGUAUCCUAUUCUUCAAUCUCUUCCUUGAAAGGAUCAUCACAUUUUUGGCUUGGAUUUUGAGGAGUCUUCAUUUAUAUCGCAUUAGAAAACGUCUUCGACAAAGUUCAACAUCUUCUCGACGAGUAUCCAGAUUAUCCAACGCAAGAUCGUCUCUUCCGGAUAUCCUCGAUGACGAUGACGACGGAAGUUUAGAAGAAUGGAAACCAAGCGUCUAUUGGGUCAUGCUUUAUCUCUUAUUAGCUUCUUGUAUAACCGCAUGCGUUGCUGCUGCGGUUUAUGCACCGCUAGAAGGUUGGGAAUACUUCGACGCUCUCUACUUCUGUUUUGUUAGCUUUGCCACCAUCGGUUUCGGUGAUUUCGUUAGCACGCAAAAGAUAAAUUAUCCGUACGUCCAUUGGUACAGAUUUGCCAAUUUUAUUUUCCUCCUUAUCGGCUGUUGUUGUAUUUAUUCGUUAUUAAAUGUAACUUCGAUAAUUAUCAAGCAAGGCCUGAAUUAUGUGAUAUACAAAUUACAAUGUGGAAAUCAAGAUCUUGCCGCUCCCCAUCUGCCUAGAAGAAAGUCCUCCGUUUCUUCUAUAUAUUAUUCCAAACGUAGAUCUAUGAAAUUAGUUGGUAAAGAUUCGAUCAGAGCCGCGGAGGAUGAUCCUAAUGGUUCCAGACGUAUGUCAGGAGAAUUAAUUUCCAUGAAAGAUUUUCUCUCUGCCAAUAAAGUAUCCCUGGCUGUGAUGCAGAAACAACUUUAUGAAGCUGCUCAAAUGCAAAAAGGUGGUAGUGGUGGUGGUCCAAUAGCAACAACUCCAAGCCAUCAAUCAUCGGUAUUUAAACCUGGUGCGGUUGGUCCUUUAGCGAUUGCUAGCGAAAAAUUUGGAAAUAAAACUUCGAUUAAUAGGUAGAAAAUAAAUUUACGAAACGUAGCCAUUUUACUUACU